AACAGUCAGUACGUUGGGCUAUGCGGCGACGCAGCUUCCUACAUUCACUCAAAAUUAAGUGAUUUUAUUGAUUAAUUGGCUUAAUCACAAUGCCGUGGGCAAGCAUCAACAGAAUUUACGCGAAACCAUCCAACACAAGUGCCAUGGAAACUCCGGUGGCCAGCAGCACUUUCAAUGCCGGGCCCGCCCUGACAGCUUCGGCUGACUCCGGCGGCCGGUUCGAGUUGAGCGACCACGGCUACGGCAAGAGCUCAGUCAAACUCCUCCACGUGCACCGAGACGCGGAAUAUCAUUCCAUCAGAGAAUUCGAAGUAUUCACAGAAUUAAAACUACAGUCAGAAAGCGCAUACAUCGUUGGAGACAACAAAGAUGUAGUAGCGACGGACUCCCAGAAGAACACAGUGUAUUUGUUAGCUAAGAAACAUGGAGUGAAGACUCCUGAAGAGUUUGGUGCAGUUGUUGUGGGACAUUUCCUGUACAUGUACAAGCAAGUUGUAGAGGCUAAGUGUAGAGUAGUGGAGUACCCUUGGGAGAGAUUACAGGCGGGUACUCCCCAUAAUCACGCCUUCAUAUUUUCCCCCACCGCAACGAGAUGGUGCGAAGUGCGGCAAGCUAGACAUGAGGCAGUGACCGUGAAGUCGGGAUUAAGUGGCCUUCGUGUCAUGAAAACAACGCAGUCAGCUUUCGUUGACUUCGUUCAAGAUGAAUACACCACACUUUCAGAUGCCGCUGAAAGAAUAUUCAGUACCGUGGUGGAAGCAGAAUGGAUUUACGACAACAUGCGGUCGGCAGACUUCGAUAACGCCUGGCUGACGGUCAAGGACGCCAUUUUGGACAAGUUCGCCGGCCCUCCCGACGUCGGCGUGUACUCGCCUUCAGUGCAACACACCUUGUACCAGGCCGAGAAGACUGUGCUAGAAAAAGUGCCAGAGAUCACAUGGAUCAAGAUGACGAUGCCGAACAAGCACUACCUCAAUAUCGACAUGUCCAAGUUCCCCGCGAACGUGACGAAGGGCGACCCCCGCCAUCAGAUCUACCAGCCCAUCGACAAGCCCGCUGGUCUCAUCUACGCGCAGCUACGCCGUAGACCCAAGAGCCAUUUGUGACACCGCGCUGCUACGCUUCGUAGUACGACGCCAUCAUAGUUUUAUAUUCGUUAUCCCAUUAUCCUAGUUGUAAACAAGGGGACGUUCCUGUUAUUCACCCCUUAAUCAUCUUUAUUACUCGCUCAGCAUUUUAGCUAAUAUCGCCAUUGUAAGUUCAUAAUUUUAUAUAAAUAACGUUAUAUAAUUGUAUACAUAUGAAUUUAAUAUAGAUAAUUAAUCUAAUUGUUAUGUAAUCUAGUCAAGUAAUGACUGUACUAACAUAAUGUUGGCUACAAUUUCGAUUCAAUUUCUAACCAUAUAAGAUUGUUACAAAUAAUCUGAUAAGUAUAAAUAAGCUAAAUAAUAAACUUUAAAGUAUUA